AAAACGUUCCCAUCUUUCUUUUCACAGCGAAAUUUCAGGGGGAAAAUGGCUACUUCCAUGGCUGCGCUGUCAAGAAGGCUCAGUCGCUCGUUGCUAUCUAACCCUAAAACCUCUCAUCAUUGCCAUAAACCCUUUUGCACCACCAUCCACCAAACUUCCCAGCAGACCUCUGAAGCGGAAGACUCUGAUGCCUCCAGCUCGGACUCUGAUUCGGCCAUCCCUCACUCUUCUUCAUCCAAUAACUCGAAUCAGCGACGCUCUCUCUAUGAUCGGCCUCUUGAGGGAGGAUUAGAUGCAGGAAUUUAUAAGGCCAUAUUGGUUGGGCAGGUAGGACAGAAACCUGUGCAGAAGACAUUGAAGAAUGGGAUGAGAUUGACAAUGUUUGCAGUUGGAACAGGUGGGAUUCGAAAUAAUCGAAGGCCAUUUGAUAAUGAAAACCCGAAUGAGUAUGCAAAUCGUUGCGCUGUUCAGUGGCAUCGGGUUUGUAUUUAUCCCGAGAGGUUGGGUUCGAUUGCCAUGAAGAAUGCUCUGCCUGGCUCAAUUCUAUAUAUGGAGGGGAAUCUCGAGACCAAAAUUUUUACUGACCCGAUAACUGGUCUUGUACGCCGCAUAAGAGAGAUUGCCAUUCGUCAAAAUGGUCGUAUUGUAUUUUUGGGAAAAGAAGGCAAUGCCCAGCAACCAACACAGGCUGAAUUAAAAGGCGUAGGUCAGUACUAGUAGCCUCUUUUCUUUUUUCUUUUAGUGUUGUUGAAGAUUUAAGGGUGAAAUAUACAAAUUUUAGAAUUGUAAUUGAUAUCAUGAUUUUUCAAAAUGGUUUAGAUGGUGGGGAAAUUCUGUAUUUACAGUUUUCUUAUGCAAAUUGGUUAUUUUGCUUGCCCACCUUAAUAUUUUGCCAGUAUUUUGAGGGUAUGAUUUGUGACAAAAAUUUUGUUUAAGGGUUGAUCUAGAAAUUUUGACUAGUGGUAACAUUGGAUAAUAAAAUAUAAUGUAAAUUGUUGCAUUGUACUAAUAUAAAUAAAUUUUAAAUUCAAAGUAGAA